AUGUCGUUGGCAAUGCAGCGGAUUCUGCGUGCCGUCGUCAUAGCCACUGUCAUCAGCGUUGUCCUCUUCUACUCAGCUAAACAAUUUGGUCCCAUACCUACGGGCAAUACGAUACCUGGCCACGGUGAUCAGCAGGAUCCCUCCCAGCCAGAAUCCCCGCCUGCGUCGAAGCCUGACGAGGCUCCGCCGUUGAUCUCGCAUCCGCCGUUGGGAAUACCGACUCCAGAAGCGCCUAAGAUACCGUCGUCGAGUACAUCGCCGUCAUCACCAACAUCCUCGUCCUCUCCAGUACCUGCUGUAGGAACCAUUCCCGGCAUCCCUGGCAAAAUAUGGCAGACCUCCAAAGGUACAGACCUCACCAACGAGGAGCUCAACAUGACCGAUACUUGGCUCGCGAAGAACCCGACCUUCCGCCAUGAGCGGCUCACCGACCAGGCGAGCGAUAAUUACGUGCGCAACCGCUACGCCGACCAUCAAGACAUCGUGACUCUCUACACGGGGCUCACCAUCCCUAUUUUACGUGCCGACCUUCUUCGUUAUCUCAUCCUGCUAGCCGACGGUGGCAUAUGGGCUGACCUCGACACUACUUGUGACCAACCCGUGAGCAGCUGGCUGCCCGCUGAAAUCUACAAUGCCAACAGCACCGUCAAGACCGGCCUAGUCCUUGGGCUAGAGCCUGAUGCUGACCAUGGCGGUAAAAAGGUGUUUACCAACGGGGUGUUCGCUGCCCAGCCUGGCUCUAAACACAUAAAGGUCGUUGUGGAUGACGUGGUGCGUGAGCUAUACGAUAUCGCGAAGAAGAAGGGAGUUGGCCCAGAAGGCAUCAAGCUUGAAAUGAUCAGUGACGUCGUUGAGGUGACCGGACGGAAAAAGAUGACGGCGAAGAUAAUCGAGUCUCUGUCUAAAACUCUACAGAAGGAGAUUGUCGACACGGACCUCACCAAUGGCAAGGAGCCACAAUAUCUCGACGAUGUGGUCAUACUUCCCGUCCCCGCAUUUGCCUCGUAUGACGGCAACCCGAAGCCCCAGGGUGAAGUCCUUGUGACGCACCACCAUGCGGGGACAUGGAAGAGUGCCGCUGACGAGGCGAAAAAGAACCGUCAGAAACAGGAGGAGGAGGAAGCUGAAAGAUUGAAGAAAGCAGCUGAGGAGGCGAGCAGGAAACAGAAGGAAGUAGACGACGAGAAGAAGAAAGAGGAUGAUAAAAAGAAGAAGGCGAAAGAAGAGGGCGAGAGGACACGGAAGGAAGAGGAGGCCAAGAAGGCCAAAGAGGAAGCAGAGAAGAAGGCAGAGAGCGACAAGAAGACGCAAUCUUAA